UUCUUCUCUCUCUGUGUCCCUAAAAUACACAAAGAAGCAGACAAACACAAAGGGUAUACACAAAAAACAGAGAAAAACAUGGAGAGCAGUGACACAAACACCCCAACUUACUCUGCCCCACUUUCUCACUCUCCCACUUCCUCAUCCUCCUCACCACAACCACAACCACCUCCUCAUGUUAUCAUGACCCCUUGUGCUGCAUGCAAGAUUUUGAGGCGAAGAUGUGCUGAGAAAUGUGUAUUGGCACCUUAUUUCCCUCCCACUGAACCUGCAAAGUUUACCAUUGCUCACAGAGUCUUCGGAGCCAGCAACAUCAUCAAACUCUUACAGGAACUUCCAGAGUCUCAAAGAGCUGAUGCAGUGGCUAGCAUGGUUUACGAGGCUAGUGCAAGAAUAAGAGACCCAGUUUAUGGUUGUGCAGGAUCAAUUUGCCAGCUCCAAAAGCAGGUCAAUGAGCUUCAAGCACAAUUAGCCAAGGCACAAGCUGAGCUUGUGAACAUGCAAUUCCAGCAAGCCAAUCUUAUGGCUUUAAUUUGCAUGGAAAUGACACAAAGUCCACAGGAAUCACCACAACAAUCUGCGGAUAACUUCAUUUUGAGUCCUCCCCACAGCAAUGGCUAUCAAAUUCAAAGCGGUAUGAACUUCUUUGAGGAGAACACUAGCAUUAACUCAUUAUGGGAACCUCUUUGGACAUGAAGGAGAACUAUAUCAAUAUUUAAUAGUUAGACAAUAUUCAAAAAGUGUUCCGUGACUAUCUCCUAAGGAGAAGUUCAAAGAAUCAAUUAGAACUAAUAAAAGUAACUUUGUAGCUAGGAUUUAUGUAGUAAUAUAGGUUGAUUCCCUGUAUGCGGAAAAAAUUGGAGGAAAGAAUGUAACUUGGGAUCUACUCUUUUUUUUUUUUGAAUACAGGGAUCUACUCUCUUUAUGCAAGUAAAUGAGUCUCAGCAUCUUCCUAAGAUUAGUAGAUGUUGUUUUCCUCCAUGUACUCUAGAG